UAUGCGAAUAUUUGAAAAUUGGUCCGAUCGAUUGGGAAUUUAAAGAGUAUGAGUAUUGCAAAACCCAAAGUAUAUUUAAAAUAGUUUGCAUGUCUUGAUUAUUUGUUUGCCACUUUGGAUAAAUAUAAAAUAUAUUAUGUAUAUCAUUAUUAAAAUAGUUCCGCAAUACCUUAAAUCUAGUUUUCACUGGUCAAUUAAAAUGAUGAAUUUAUAAGACUUGUAAAAUAGAAUUAAUGAGAUAACCUCAUAUGUCAUUUCUCCAACCCACUAUGGAAAUGUUUUAUUGUUUAUUUUAUAAGAAAUUAUUUUAUAUUAUAAGAUAUUUGAGGCGCAUUUCUUAAAGCGAAAUGAACCCUUUCGAAAAACAUUUUGUUUGCAUCUCUGUCUGUUCUGUGACAGUUGCCAUCUCGCUCGAUGUUCAUUUGCUUUUAAUGUCGUUUACUUCUUUGCUUAUUAGCAUAACUAAAAAUUGUAUGAAAGCUUAUUUUUUUUCGACAAAUUUCAAAAUUUAAGUACGUGGCAACUCGGCUCAUCCAGGUGUCCAGUUGUUUAGGAGUCCAAUGAUGAAGUCCAGUCCACUCCGCUUGCUGACGAGAUGCAGCGGAGUCCACCUUCCUUUGGAUGCAAAAAUCCCGUCCAGGAUCUUCGGGCGUCACAAGUGCAGUUGCUUGACCCUUGAGAAUACGUUCAAGUGCUACGAUCUGGAGACGGGACCCACGAUGGACGUGGAGCUGUCGCGGGAGGACGCCCUAGCGAUGUACACCAAGAUGCUGGAGGUGCGGCGAAUGGAGACGGUGGCCGGGAAUCUCUACAAGCAGCGUCAGAUCCGUGGGUUCUGCCACUUGUACACGGGCCAGGAGGCGGUGGCCGUUGGGAUGAAGCAGUGCCUUCGCCAAUGCGAUUCGGUGAUCACCGCCUACCGGUGUCAUGCCUGGACCUAUUUGAUGGGCGUGUCGAUGCACGAGAUAAUGGCGGAGUUGCUGGGCGUGCGAACCGGUUGCAGCCGGGGCAAAGGUGGCUCCAUGCACAUGUACACCGAGAACUUCUACGGCGGCAAUGGCAUCGUAGGUGCCCAGGUGCCGGUGGGCACGGGCGUGGCUCUGGCGCACAGCUACCGGAACGAUAAUGCGGUCUGCGUGGUGCUCUACGGCGAUGGGGCCGCCAAUCAGGGACAGGUCUUCGAGUCCUUCAACAUGGCCAAGCUGUGGUGCCUGCCCUGCAUCUUCGUCUGUGAGAACAAUCAUUACGGCAUGGGCACCCACGAGAAGCGCGCCUCGGCCAUGACGGAGUUCUACAUGCGGGGCCAGUAUAUCCCGGGCCUGUGGGUCGAUGGCAACCAAGUGCUAGCCGUUCGCAGUGCCACCCAGUUUGCCUUGGACUACGCCCUCAAUCAGGGACCGAUUGUCCUCGAGAUGAGUACGUACCGAUAUGUUGGGCAUUCCAUGUCCGACCCGGGCACCUCGUAUCGGUCGAGGAAAGAAGUCCAGGCGGUGAGGGAGCAACGUGAUCCGAUCAUCAGUUUCCGCAGCCAAAUAAUCGCCUUAUGCCUCGCCGACGAGGAGGAGCUAAAGAUCCUGGAGGACAAGACCAAGAAGCAGGUCGACAAGGAGUGCAACAAGGCUAGCGCCGACAAGGAGGUCGAUCUCCACGAGCUCCACACGGAUAUAUAUGCCAAGAACGUGGAUGGAAAGAUCCGUGGAGUAUCCGGAUUUAAUCUGGAGCACAUCAAGCUGGCGGAAGUGUGUUUUGGCAAGCCCAAAAAGACGCCGGCCAGCGAGAUCAAGGAGGAGCCAGUUGUUGAAAAGGAUGCUAAGAAGGGUAAGGCUGAGGAAGGUAAGGCCAAGGAGGGCAAGGCUGAGGAGGGUAAGGCCAAGGAGGGUAAGGCUAAGGAGGGUAAGGCUAAGAAGGACUCCAAGGAUCCCAAUGCUGUAAAAGAUCCCAAGGCCGCCAAAGAACCCAAGGCUGUCAAGGAUGCUGGCGAUAAUAAGGGCAAACCACCGGCCUCCAAGGCUGCAAAGCAACCGAAGGCCGCCGCACCACCCGCCCAAAAACCACCCACUAAGGCACCACCAUCCCCUCCCAAAAAGUAAUGUCCAUAUCCGGAGUUCACAACCAAGUCAAAAGUUUGCCCAAAUGCUUUAGUUGAUUUUUGAACCACAAAAGUAUACAAACUACUGUAUAAAUCAUUUAAAGUGGGAAAAAUGGCAAAAUAUUUGUAUAUAUAAAAAAUUAUCCAUAUGUGUUAAAAACUGCAUGGGACAAUAUAUUGUUCUUUAUAUUAUAUUUAAAAUAAAUUAUGUAUAUUCAUAAAUAUAUUU